CUACAGUGGAUGUCUACACAUAAAACUCGCGCUCAGCGGACACCGUAUCGGCACCACGACAGUUUCAGUUACGCCGCGAGAGACGCGCGCCGCCACAGUGCUGUGAUAUCAUCCAUUAACACUAUUUACUUUAUCAUACUAAGAGAAAAUGUCGGAUGAGCUCGCGCAAACCGUAGAGGAAGUGACGCAGGAAGUGAAGGACGUCAAGUUGGAAAACGGGACGACACCGGGCGCGGCCAACGGAACACCGAGCAAGAAUGAAGACAAUGCUAUACCCUUUAAGGAUGCCUUUAAAAUGUUCUCAAAAUUCGGUGAUCCGAAAUCGGACGGAAAGCAGAUCACACUGUCCCAAAGCGACAAAUGGAUGAAGCAAGCAAAGGUGAUUGACGGAAAGAAAAUUACAACUACAGACACCGCUAUCCACUUCAAAAAGUUAAAAUUGGUCAAACUCGGUAUUGACGAUUAUCAGAAAUUCCUAGAAGACUUGGCGAAGAGUAAGAAAGUAGAACUUGAAGAUAUUAAGAAGAAACUAACAACCUGCGGUCAACCUGGUGUAUCAACACAUUUGACAAAAUCAGCAACAGCAGCGGCGACCGUCGAUAGGCUGACUGACACAAGCAAAUACACCGGCUCCCAUAAACAACGGUUCGAUGAGACUGGUAAAGGGAAAGGGAUAGCUGGCAGGAAGGACCUCGUCGACGGUUCGGGCUACGUCUCAGGCUACCAGCACAAAGACUCGUACAACAAGUCUCAUUAGCCUUAGUUUUGCCAUCCUAUUUACAUUGUCUUACUCUUCGAUCAAAAAUGUAUCCAGUAAGAUAUGCAGUCCCAUACAAAGUUUAGCAGAACAAU